CAAAAACCUGAUCUCGAGAAUGACAAGCAAAUUGUUUUGAUUGCUCUAAAUAAAUGGACUAGCUUGAAUCUUUUUUGAUACAAAAAUUAAUACUUCUGCAUUGCCAAAAUUGAAUUACAACAACCGAAAAAGAAAGAUUCAGGGAAACUAGAGGAAGAUUAGUCUUUGGUGUUACUUUUGUAUAAAGCUUGAGGAUUAGUUUGUGUUUUAUGAAUUGAUUGGAUCAUUUUUAUUAUUAAGGAUCACCAGGGAAAAAUCUACCUCUUUUUUACUUUUUGAAAGUAAUGUCUACACCCUUAUCAAAAUUAACACUAUGUACUUCAACCUUUACAGCAUUAUGUCCUACUUGUGGAACAGAUUUGAAAGUUGUAAAGAACCUUGAUGCAGUGAGCCUUUCCCAAAAUGAUGAUCUCCAAUAUGAUUGUCUAUUAUGUGGUUACAGGUACAGUUAUGAGGCAGGAUAUGCUCCAGAAGAAUUAGGUUGUGAUACAAAAUCAACUUAUUGCUCUAUUUGUGAUAAGCAAUUCAAUCAGACUAGCAGCUUAAAAAGACACAUGUUGGCCCAUUCUGCUGAUAGACCUUUCUGCUGCAAAGAAUGUGAUAAAACAUUUAAAACAAAAGCUGCUCUCAAAAGGCAUGAAAUAAUACAUACGGGCGAGUGCCCAUUUGAAUGCAGCACUUGCAAAAGAAAAUUUAAUCAAAUUAGUAACUUACGUAAACAUUUGGUGAUUCACAAUAAUAAAUGUCCUUUUUAUUGUGAUGUUUGUGGAAAGGGAUUUAAUCAACUCAGUAAUUUAAAAAAACACAUGGUGGUGCACCCAGAGUCGAAUGACGAAGAAAAGGAUUGUAAACCAGUGGGUCAGAAAACUGGAUCCCGACCUCUUCUGACAUUUAUUAAGCCUGCUAAAUCUUGAUACGAAACCCUAGUGUGUGUUGUAAAGUAUAAUAUGAAAAAUUAUUUAAUCUAUUUUAGUUAAUGUGUUCAGAUUAUUUUCUGUUAAAUUUAAGAAAUUAUAUUAGUAUUUUUUUGUUAAUUUAUAUGUAUAUGUUAUUUUUGAUAAUCUCAUCUGAAUUAUGCAAAUAUUUUGUUUUGAAUGAAAUAGGAAAUUAAAAUUAUAUCUGUUCUAAAAUAUGAA